AUGCAAAGAAGCAGCGUCAGCAACGAUGAGCGCUCAGUGGCCAUAAUCGGUCUAUCAUGCCGUUUCCCAGGUCAGGCGAAGGACCUGGACGGGUUUUGGGAACUGCUCUGCAGAGGAAUAUCGGCGCAUUCCACGGUCCCAAAGGACCGCUUCAACAUCGAGGCCUUCUACAGCGGACCAGGCGGUGGUGGCCUGAACACAUGCCGCACCGACAGUGGUCACUUUCUCUCAUCCGACAUUCGGCGAUGGGAUGCCAACUUUUUCGGGGUGACGGCCGACGAGGCCAUGGCCAUGGACCCACAGCAAAGGUUGAUGAUGGAGGUGGCGUUUGAAGCGUUUGAAAACGCGGGAAUGACGCCUUCGCAGCUCGACGGCUCCAGCACAGGGGUCUGGAUGGGAGUCAACAGCAACGACUGGCGGGAAACGCUGUUCCGAGACCCGGAGGCUGCGCCUUUGCACACUUGGACGGGAACGGGACCGGAAUACAUCUCGGGGAGGGUGUCGUGGUUCUUCAACCUGCGCGGACCCAGCAUGACGGUCAACACGGCGUGCUCGUCCAGUCUUGUGGCCUUGCACGAAGCCAGGAAUGCCAUUCUCGCGGGCGACUGCGAGAUGGCCAUAGUCGGCGGCGCCAAUCUUAUCUUCAACCCAGAGUAUUACAUGUACUACUCCAACCAGCUGUUUCUGUCGCCCGAUGGAAAAUGCAAAAGCUUCGACGCGUCCGGCGACGGCUUUGGGAGGGGAGAAGGCCUUGGCGCCGUCAUCCUCAAGCCGCUGAAGAGGGCGGUUGAGCAUGGAGACUCCAUCCGUGCGAUACUCAGGGGUAGUGGUGUAGGGCAGGACGGUUGGACGAGCGGGAUCACCCUUCCCAAUGCUGAUGCACAAGCGGACUUGAUUCGAGCGGUUUACGCGGAUGCCGGGCUGGACCCGCGUACAACCGGAUACGUCGAGGCUCAUGGCACGGGGACCAAGGUUGGCGAUCCAGCCGAGCUUGAGGCGAUUGCCAAGGCUAUGAAAACAGCAGAGAGGGCGAAGCAGCUGAUGGUUGGAUCGGUCAAGACAAACAUUGGCCACCUGGAAGCGGCGGCUGGAAUAGCCGGACUGGUCAAAUCGAUCUUGAUGUUGGAAAAAGCACAACUACCACCAACCAUCGGCAUCAAGAAUUUCAACCCCAAGAUCGAGUGGGACCAGUGGAAAUUGCAGGUCAACGACGUGCUUCUCCCAUGGCCCAAGGAUUCCGACCAACCAAGGCGCAUCGGAAUCAGCUCGUUUGGCGCCAGCGGAACCAUUGCGCACGCAAUUCUUGACGAGGGAUACAAAUCGACCAAUGGCGUGCAUGACCCGACAGCCAUAUGGCCAUCCUGCACCUGGCCACAUCACCAACUCGUCACGGUCAGCGCCGCAGACAAAGACGGCAUCAGACGUCAAGCACAGGCGUUGGGUAAAUACUUACAGCAGUGGUUGGAAAGAAAAUUGCCGUCGUCGCAGGAAGAGACGGCCUUUCUGGGGCAACUGGCCUACACGCUCGGGACCAAGCGAGCGGACUUGUCGUAUCGCUCGUUUAUAGUCGCCGACAACAUACGGGACCUGUGCGCGCAACUAAUGCCGGAUGAUCAGAGCAGCUCGGCAUUAACAUCCGCCAUCACCAGGGCUGCAGCGGGCAACACGAGCGAUGGCCCUCACCUACGUAUAGGCAUGGUCUUUACCGGCCAGGGGGCACAAUGGGCUCGCAUGGGCAUCGAGCUGUUGAGGUACAAGGUCUUUGAACAAAGCCUACAGCGGGCAGAUGACUUUUUCCGGGACAGGCUCGGGUGUGCGUGGUCGGCGCUGCAAGAGUUGCGUGCGGACAAGGACCGGUGCAAUUUGAAAAAGGCGGAAUACAGCCAACCUUUGUGCACUGCACUGCAGAUCGCACUGGUGGAUCUGUUGGCUUCGUGGGGGAUUCGGCCAGCAGCGGUUGCAGGACAUUCCAGUGGCGAGAUGGCUGCGGCCUACGCGAUAGGUUCCCUCUCCGCAGAGGAUGCCCUGACGGCAGCAUACUGGCGCGGCAACCUUGACGGCAGGACCAGUCAGCCCCGUGGUGCCAUGGUGGCUGCUGCCUUGUCCGAACAGGCUGCCCAGGCCCUGAUCGGUCAGGUUCCCCGGUCCAAAGGCGUCGUGGUGGUCGGCUGCGUCAACUCGCCCUCGAGCGUCACGCUGUCCGGCGAUGAAGAGGCCGUCAUGGCGGUAGCUCAGUUGAUCACGGAUCAGGGCGUUUUUAAUCGACGUCUUCAGGUCGACGCCGCCUACCACUCUCCCCACCAAUCGCGCGUCUCGGAGGAAUACCUCAUGCGCAUCCUCCACAUGGCACCGAAGCCCAUCAGACCCGGCUGCACCAUGUUCUCCACCGUGACCGGGAGGGUGGUGCCCAACGAGCGGGCCCUGGGCCCGACCAAUUGGGUCCGCAACCUGGUUUCGCCCGUUUUGUUUGCCCAGGCGGUCGAGGCCAUGCUUGUCUCCAAAGAGGCGAACGUCCAGCUUCUGCUCGAGGUUGGACCCCACGGCGCACUGGCCGCGCCCUGCCAGAACAUCAUGUCCAAGGCCGGCGUCACGCUCCCUUACUGCUCCGUGUUGAGCAGGGACAAGGACGCGGCUGUCACGUCCCUGGCCACCGCCGGAGAGCUCUGGGCGCGCGGAGCAAAGAUCAACGUGGCCGCCGUCAACCUGCCUGACCUUGACAGCAUUCCUCCGGCGCCGCUGAUCGACCUCCCCCCCUACCAAUGGAACCACGAAAGGUCGUAUUGGAGCGAGUCCCGGCUGGCGACCGAAUAUUGCCAUCGACGACAUCCCCACGCCCGAUUUCUCGGGACACCGUUCCCAACCCUGGUUGAGGGCGAGCAUCUCUGGCGGGCUUUGAUUCGCCCCAGCGACGAAGAUUGGCUCCUUGACCACAAGAUCCAGGGUACUGUUGUCUACCCCGCCGUCGGGUACAUCGCCAUGACCGUCGAGGCGGCCAGGCAGAUGGCCACCACGACGAGCCAAAACGGGUCUGGGGGUGGUUCCAGCCGCAGCCUGCGGGCCUUUCACCUUCGGGAAAUCGAGUUCCUGGCCGCCACGGCUCCAGCCGAGCACCAAGCCAUCGAGAUUACGAUAUGCGUGAGGCCCGCCCCAGGUUCUUCGGCCACCUCGCCAGAUUGGCAUCAUUAUACCAUUUCGACAUGCACCGAUGGCAAAACCAUCCGCAACGUGUGCACCGGUCUUUUUCAAGUCGAGUAUGAGCCAGAGGCCGAGACCGCCGAGGCCUACGAGCUGGCCGAGGCUGAUGGACGCAUACGAGCGCGUCUGCUCCAAGCCAAGGCUGAAUGUCGUCAGCAGAAGAACCCGGAAGGCUUCUACAUGGAGUUGGCUCGGAUCGGGCUCGAAUUCGGCCCUGCCUUUCGCAACAUGUCGGCCAUCUGGACGGGCAAGUCUCAAAGCUACUGCGUCGUCGACGUCGUCAACCCCUCGUCGAAAUGCGACAGUGAGGAGCGGCCUUUUAUCAUUCACCCGGCCACCUUUGAUCCCAUUUUGCAGACCAUCACCGCCGCGCUCGAUUCGCCCUCCAGGACGCCGGUCCCCACGGCCAUCGAAGAGCUGGUCAUCUCUGCAGACAUUCCACGCGAGGUGGGACGGCGUCUGCACGUAUGCUCGAACGUCGUGCCUCGGGGGAAUUACGACAUCCUAAGCGAGAUCCACGCGCUGGAGGAGGAGUCCAACAGGCCAGUCAUGCUGCUGCGCGGGCUCAAAACUACCCUGCUGCCGCCGAGCGACGUCGUUGGCGCGCUUGAAAAGGCUCACAAGAUUUGCGGCCGGAUCGAAUGGAGGCCGUCACUAGAACUUUUGCUGUCUCGCCCGGACGAUCUGCGAAACGUGAUUCUGAAUCGCAUCAACGGAGAGAGAGAGGCUUUGAAUGAGUUGAUGCAGAUAAUAUGCCACAACUUCCCAGAGGCUUCAAUUCUGGAGAUCGGAGUCAGUCCCGACGACGAAUUCCUUGCCCAAAAGCUUUCACUUUCAUGGAGUCGUGUUUUGGAUUGGGAAACUGCAGCUUGGACUGGGGAUGGCAUCCAGUAUUCGUCAACAACGGGGGAAACGAACUCCAGUGACAGCCAAGUGGACGUUGUCAUCCUUCGGCAGCUUCCCCCAAACCAAGACUUUGGCGCCUUGUUGACCGAAAUCACCGACAAACUCAACAAAGAGAGUCCCCUCGGCUUUGUAUGCAUCACAAGUUCUAUUGAAGUUGUCGAAAAGGCUUUGGCGGAGCGAAACACCAAGCCUCUACUGUCCAUCCAUGACAAGCACGCUGAGCGUGGUAUUUUGGUCUUCAGAGCCACCGGGAAAGAAUCGGAACCCGUCCUCUGCAAAUCCAGACGGGGGAGUGUCGUUGUCUUGCGUUCGAACCAGCCAUCCAGCCUUGAAGCCAGCAUGAGCCGUCACCUACAAAAGCACCUCCAACAAAUUGGCAUCAACACCACGGUCAGCCAGUGGGAGGACGUUUCAACUGUUCCCGCCAACGCCCACGUCAUUUCGCUCGUGGAAGUUAGCAAAGCAGUUGUCGAAACACUCGACGAAGCAGAUUUCGCAAAGCUCAAAAACCUUGUUUCAAAAACGAGCGAAGUACUAUGGGUUACCAGCGAAACCUGCCAAGGGAUUGCCAUCCGGGGUGCUGUUGAUGGCUUUUCGCGGAGCCUCAAAAACGAGGACGCCAGGGUUGUGUUCAGGGUUGCACACUUUGGCCGGCGGGUUGAAGCAGACGCCGAAAAGAUGGCCGGGGUGAUUGUACGUCUCGUGACAAACAAGACGCGCGAUGACGAGUUCAGAGUCAAGGUGCUGGGUGACGAUCUGGUCGCUUUUACUUGCCGCGUCGCUCCUGACGAAAUGCUCAGCAAUUACGUCCAGAAAAAGGCAGGGACCAUAAGCGAGGGCCGGGUUCUGCCAGACGAAAGCUCACAGCAAAUUUCGUCCAAGGACAGACCCAUCAUUAAGCUCGACAUUGCUGAGCGGGGACAGCUUGAAACUCUGCAUUUUGUCGAGCAUCAAAGCUUUGGCUCUGAACUGAAGGAUGAUGAGAUCGAGAUUCAAGUGGAAGCAUCUGGGCUUAAUUUCAAAGACAUUAUGAUCGCCUUGGGACGCGUCCCGGGAACGAUGGAGGGGGCAGAAGGGAGUGGCAUUAUUACACGUGUUGGCAGGACCGUGGCAGGGUUCCGUGUUCAUGACCGGGUAGUCUGUCUCUCCAUCGGGAUGCAUUCUUCCUUGAUCCGGGUACCAUCUUGGGUGUGCCGAAAAAUCCCGGAUUCGCUGUCGUUUGCCGAGGCUGCGUCUCUGCCGGUGGUACAUUGCACCGCUUACAACGCCUUUGUGCGCAUUGCGCGUGCAGACGAGAGCGAGGCGCCUGACGUUCGAAAAUCUGUGCUAAUCCACGCCGCUGCGGGGGGAUUGGGCCAGGUAGCUAUACAAUAUGCCCAGCACUUUGGCAUGGAGAUUUUUGCAACGGUGGGAUCACAGGCUAAGCGCGACCUGAUCAAACGCUUGUACGGCAUUCCCGACGACCACAUCCUAUGCUCGCGCGAUACCAGUUUUGCCAUGGCCAUCAACCGGAUGACCGCCCACCGCGGCGUGGAUAUGGUCCUCAACUCCCUCGCCGGUGAGAUUCUGCGUCAGAGCUGGCAGUGUUUGGCUCCAGGGGGGACGUUUGUGGAAGUUGGAAAGGCAGCUAUCGACAGCGUCCGUCCCCCUGGAAACGAGGUUGGCGCCACCUAUACGGUGUUCGAUCUGGAGCACAUCAUCCGUCGCAACCCACGUCUAGCAAGCCGUCUCCUCGACGGGGCACUCGAGUACGUCCGCAGCGGCGUGAUCAAACCACCCAGCCCCUGCCGCCUCGUCUCCAUCAGCGACCUUCAUGAGGCCUUCCGUCUCAUGCAAACCGGUCAACAUAUGGGCAAGAUCGUCUUUUCAUGGUCUGGGAAUCCAGUCGUGCCUAUGCUGAAGCCCAACCCAUUCUCGAUCGUGGCGUCGAUGCCAUCCCAACUCGAUCCCGACGCCACAUACCUACUCGUGGGCGGCCUGGGUGGGAUCGGUCGCAGCAUCUCCCGCAUGCUCGUCGACAUGGGCGCCCGCAAACUCUGCUUCAUCUCCCGCUCCGGGCUGUCCUCCUCCCCACCUGCCCGCGCCCUCGUCGCCGAAUUGCAGGCCCUCCAAUGCCGCGUAACGGCGUAUGCCUGCGAUGCCGCUGAUGCUUCGCAGCUUUCUCAAACCCUCGUCAACUGCCAGCGUGAUUCCGGACCGGUCCGUGGGCUUGUUCAGUGCGCCAUGGUGCUCCGGGACUGCACCUUUGCCAAUAUGGAAUUUUCACAGUGGAACGACGCCGUUCGUCCCAAGAUCCAGGCGAGCUGGAACCUGCACAACAUCUUGCCCGACCUUGACUUUUUUACCAUGCUAGCCUCGUUUGCGGGCUAUUUUGGUAACGCCGGCCAGAGCAACUACGGCGCCGGCUGCGCUUUUCAAGACUCGCUAGCCGAAUAUCGAAGAUCGAUCGGCAAGCCGGCCGUAUCCUUGGACCUUGGCAUCGUGAACGACGUCGGCAUUCUAGCCGAAACAGGUUUGACGGACAAUCUGCGCGACUGGGCGCCGCAGUUUGGUAUCAAGGAACGCCAACUGCAAGACUUGAUCCGUAUUUCGCUCCUCGACCAAUUGACAGCCCGACCGGCCAUCCCGCCUCAGGUGCCAACGGGCUUUGCUUCGCUGCGGGCCGCAGAUUUGGCUGCCAUCCCUCGGCCUGUGUACCUAAACGACUCGCGAUUUUCCGUCCUGGCUGCAGAUGGGCGGUUGGAAUCUCAAAUGUCCAACGGACAACGGUCGGGACAUGCGUCAUCUUUCCAGCACCGACUUGAAGCGGCAAAAGUCACUCGGGAAAAGGCCGAGGUGCGGGCAAUAGUCGAGGAAAUGCUGACGCACAAGGUGGCGCAGUCGCUCAAGGUGGCCGCUGACGAGAUCGAUCCGAAUAAAAGCCUGCCGUCGUACGGCAUUAAUUCGCUUGUCGCCAUUGAAAUUAGGAAUUGGAUAUUCAAAGAGAUCAAAGCCAAUGUAGCCAUCUUCAACUUGAUUGCUCCGGUUCCGCUGACCAAAUUGGUGGAGGAUAUCACUAAUGAACUUGGUUGA